AUACAUCACCAAUGCCGUACGUGUUUGUUGGUGAUGAAGCGUUCCCAAUAAGUAAUAACUUCUUGAGACUGUAGCGGACCCAACUAGUUGGCCACCUAGUUCCGCUCACAUGCAACAGAUGGCGCCACGUUCUUCAAGCGGUCGUGAAACGCGGUAUCGAAGUUUUCACGGCAAAGACGCAUAUAUACAACUUCCAACACAAUACAGUUGGAUCGUCGAUCCCUAGUCACACUACCAACUUGUGGCUAGCGGGGUACUAUGCUCAGUUCGGUACCCCGAAAAAAUCCUUUGGCGGCAGCAUACCCUCACCGCCAAACUGGUGACCCUCGACAGAACACUUCCUGCCUACACCUUCUGGGAGUCGGAGUCAACUGCGUCGCACCUGCAUCAUCCGCCACCAGCAUCAAUCACCCCGCAUCAACCCUCAACAGGCGUUCAUCAUCAGCCUUCAGUCGGAGCAUCAUCAGCACGUCCACCUGCCAGCCGCCUACGACGCUGCCUGGACACCUGACACUCCACACCAGGACUUCGGAGCAUCUACAGUUCCAUGACCAGCUGCCCUAGCUGCCUGGACCUGGCACUCCGCACGCAACAGCGACACAGCACACGAGGUCCACUGCCAUACCACGCUGUCGAGCACGCGCUCCACGUGGCAGGCCGCCUUCUCGCCUCACGCCAGUCGCCGGCUCCACAAUCCCGACUCACCGCGGAUAGGAGCAGCUCCCCAUCCCGACUCACCGUGGAUAAGAGCACAACUCACGCCGUACACCCCUCUUCCCGACUCACUGGGAUUACAGGCAACACGGCAUUCCUGAAGAGCACUGAAGCACUUGAAUCGACCUUCGGUCUGAGGGGGGGAGUGAUGUAGCGGACCCAACUAGUUGGCCACCUAGUUCCGCUCACAUGCAACAGAUGGCGCCACGUUCUUCAAGCGGUCGUGAAACGCGGUAUCGAAGUUUUCACGGCAAAGACGCAUAUAUACAACUUCCAACACAACACUGUCGGAUCGUCGAUCCCUAGUCACACUACUAACUUGUGGCUAGCGGGGUACUAUGCUCAGUUCGGUACCCCGAAAACAUCCUUUGGCGGCAGCACACCCUCACCGCCAAAAGACCAUACCCUAGAAAUAACUUGACUACAAAGAAACGGAUUUUCAACUACAGGCUUGCAUCUGCUAGAAGGUUAGUUGAAUGUGUCUUCGGGAUCCUAUCAAACAAAUGGAGAAUUUUCCAUACAUCUAUGACUAUACCCCCCGAUUUCGCUGGCCUGGUUACGAAAACAGCCUGCGUUUUACAUAAUUUUGUGAGAAGGAGAGACGGUUACAACUUUGAAGAUACAUUGUCGCAUUACUUUUAUAGGUGCUCCCACACAGCAGUUAUAUAACGCUAUAAAACAGUUUGUAACACGAUAACAUUUUAUAACAGUGUGUAACAAUACGCUACACCUUGUUAAGAAAUGUUAUAUGUUAUAAACGCUCCCACAUUGGUUGAAUACGUUGUAUAACAUCAUAUAACAUUAUGUAACAAUCAGUUUGGGUUUGUCUUUCGAGAAGGCUGGUAGUGAGUCAUAAUGGAGGAAGUGCUAAUAGGUUUGGCCUUUAUUUUUUGUUUGAAAAAAAAGAAGAAAAGGCGAUCUUACUGGAUGCGUCGAACUCUGAAAGCGAGAGAACAUUACAGUGCUACAAAAUAUUUGGAGGAUUUGGGUAUUGAUGGCUGUUUGAACGAUUUUUUAAGAAUGAACAGUUCAGAAUUUGAAUUUCUCCUGAAUUUAGUCGGAAAGAAUAUUGCUAAGCAGGAUACUAAUUGGAGGAAAUCUAUAAAUUAUACAGAAAGAUUUGCAGUUACAUUAAGGUUUUUAGCAACCGGUUGCAGUUACGGUAGUCUUGGAGAUGUGUUCAAAAUAUCACACCAACUUAUAAGUAUGAUCAUACCGGAAGUAUGCGAGGCUCUCGUCGAGGGAUUACAAGAAUAUUUACACAUGCCAACAUCUGCUCAAGAAUGGUUACAGGUUGCAAAUAAAUUUUUUAAUCUGUGGAAUUUUCCCCAUUGCCUGGGAAGUAUCGACGGAAAACACGUAGCCAUACAAAAACCAAUAGGAAGCGGAAGCGAAUAUUACAAUUACAAAGGAUUUUAUAGUGUUGUUCUUUUAGCAUUGGUUGACGCUGAAUAUAAUUUUUUAUACGUAAAUAUUGGGUGCCAAGGACGUAUAACUGAUGGCGGAGUAUUUGCAAACACACUCUUACGAAAAAAAAUAAUUGAACGUAAUUUGAAUUUACCAAGAGAUUGCCCACUUCCAGGAAGAACCACACCUGUUCCUUAUGUAUUUGUAACAGAUGACGCAUUUCCGUUAGAAAAGCAUUUGCUAAAACCUUUUCUAGGACCCCAGGACAACAAUACUAAAGAGAGAAAAUUUAAUUAUAGAACGAGCCGCGCAAGAAGAACGGUAGAGAAUGCGUUUGGAAUUUUGUCAGCCAGAUUUAGAGUAUUACGAAGUAUAAUUUUAUUAGAUCCACAAAAGACUACUACUUUAAUUAUGGCAUGUGUGCUUCUACAUAAUUUUUUGAGGAAAACCAAAUCAAGCACUAUUUACGCCCCACCUCAAUAUUAUGAUAAGGAAAAUUCAGAUGGUACGCAUACUUCCGGACAAUGGAGAUCAGAUACACAGCAGUUAACAUCACUGCAACCAGUUGAAACACAGACAGAAGAUGGGAAAGUAAUAAGAAAUGAGUUUGCUGAUUAUUUUUCACACCAAGGUUUACUGGAUUGGGCUUCUAGCUAUUAUUAACCAUAGUUAAAAUUAUUACUCACCGACAAUCCCCCAUCAACAGUUUCUUCUGGCUUAUUUCGAUCUUUUAAAAAUAAAAGUUUUUUAUACGCAAACCAUUUAGGUAUAUCGUCAGCCCCCGCACCUGAUUUAGGCUUCUUACACUCUCUCUGAAAUUGGCCUAUAAGUGACCGCAUUUUUUUUUCAAUCGCCUGUUUAUCUAAAUUAAAUUCAGCCGCAAUUUGCAUCCACGCGUCAUGUUUUUUAUUUCGAUCCUUGUAUUCAUCCAUCUGCGUAUUCCACAAGACUUGUCUCUCUUGAAAUAGUUCAAUCAAUGUGAUCACAUUUUCAUUACUCCAAGUAAAACCAGACAUUUUGUCAAAUCACAUAUAAUACGUGCUUCACCACUUCACUAACCGAACCGACUAAAGAUGCGUACGUGACGAGACGAACGCGCGCGCAAUCCCCCCGCGCCCUUCCGCUAACGUCCCGCUAAGGUUCUGAUCAUGUUAUACAACAAAAGUUAUAUUUUGUUAUAACAUGUUGUAAUCAGUUGUAAAACAUUUUGUUGAAUUAAGUUUUAUAACAUUAUUAACAAUUUAUAACUUUUGUUAUAAUUUGUUAAAAAAAGUAGAACAACAAAAGUUAAGCAACAUUCUAUAACGUUAUAUAACUGCUGUGUGGGAGCACCUUAUGACAUGCCAAUAAAUUCACAAUUCAGGUCCAAUCGCACUGGACGUGAUAUUAGAGACUAUUUUGCCGAAUAUUUCGUUUCCCCAGCUGGAGAAGUAUCAUUCCAAUAUUGCGAAAGAAUUAUAGAUAACCAAAAUGUUUAAAAAAAAUGUAUUUCACAAAAUAAAUAAACAAUAAUUAUACUUA